AUGCAAACAGUCGAGCGCAGUGUGGACACUUUUGUUUGACUGGGAAUAUGAAUGUCUGUUUAUUUAUUUUCAUAUAUCUUGCAAAGAUACAUCACGCAGAUAUUGUUUCUUUCUUCGCGCAAAUGAGAGUGGUUUGACAUCUAUUCGUAGCCCUAGUCAUGGCGAAUGAGCCCAGGGAUAAUGUGCCGCUGGAAGAGCCCAUGUUUAUUCUGGAGAAUGGGGAGAUGUGCAGGAACCCAACUGAAGUAAAGAUGAGUCAGAUAGUCCUUCCCUGCCAUGCAAACUACUGUGGAGAACUCAGUGCUGGGCAGCUGCUCAAGUGGAUGGACUCCACCGCCUGCCUGUCUGCUGAGAGACAUGCUGGCUGCUCCUGCAUCACAGCCUCAGUGGAUGACAUUCACUUUAUAACCACCAUAGGGGUCGGACAGGUUGUAAACAUUACAGCCAAAGUCAACAGAGCUUUCACAUCCAGCAUGGAGGUUGGGAUUUUGGUGAGCUGUGAAGAUCUCUUCAGCAACAGACAGUGGAAGGUCUGUCACGCUUUUGCCACCUUUGUGGCCCGACGUACCGAAGCAGGAAAGGUACAGCUGAAGCAGGUUAUUCCACGCACACAGGCAGAGCAGAUGGAGUACAGCCUCGCAGCCGAGCGCAGGAGGAUGAGACUGAUCCAUGCAGAGAUAAUUAAUGAUCUUCUCAGCAGCUGCUCCUCUCAGACAGUGAGUGAGCGUCUGGAUUACCAGGAUGCGGUGCCUGCAGAGCGGACUCGGGUCGAAAGCGUUGAGCUGGUGCUCCCGCCUCAUGCCAAUCACCAGGUCAGCACGUUUGGUGGACAAAUCAUGGCCUGGAUGGAGAAUGUAGCCACCAUCUCUGCCAGUCGUUUGUGUAAUGCUCACCCAACUCUGCGGAGCAUAGACAUGUUCCACUUUCGCGGGCCGUCCCACAUUGGAGACAGGCUGGUGUUGAAGGCAAUCGUAAACAAUGCUUUCAAGAAAAGUAUGGAGGUGGGAGUGUGUGCGGAGGCCUAUCAGGGUGGAGAGCCCCUGCGACACAUCAACACCGCCUUCAUGACCUUUGAGGUCUUGGACAAUGACAGGAAGCCAUGCACGUUGCCAAGGAUACGGCCUGAGCCUGUGGAUGGUAAAAGACGCUUUCAGGAAGCCAUAGCCAGAAAGAAAAUCCGCCUUGACAGGAAGUACAUAAUAUCCUGCAAACAAAGUGAAGUUCCUCUCUCGGUUCCCUGGGACCCAAGUAACCAGAUGUACCUCAGUUACAAUAAUGUUUCGGCACUGAAGAUGUUGGCUGCCCGUAACAACUGGGUCUUAACCUCAGAGAAAAAUAAGGUGAGUUUAUACACACUUGAGGAGAACCAGACGUUGUGCUUUAAGGUGGAGACUCAUGUGGCCGUGGCAGCCGAGCAGGUGUUUCUGCUACUGUCUGAUCUAAGACGAAGGAAGGCAUGGGACCACCACUACCAAGAGUGUGAAGUGAUAACCGACUCAGAUGAAGACGACACCAUCUACCGUGUUGUCACCCCCUCUGUGACUAAAAGAGGGAAAGUCCAGGACUUCAUCCUCCUGGCCUCCAGGAGGCGCCCUUGUGAUUCUGGAGACCCUUAUUUGAUUGCCUUGCGUUCUGUGACCCUGCCUUCGUACCCUCCCACUGAAGACUACAACAGAGGAGAGGUGCUCUGUGCUGGGUUCAGUAUCUGGGAAGAGGAAAACACUUUCACUAAGAUUUCUUACUACAACCAGGCCACACCUGGCGUGCUGCCCUAUAUCUCCACUGACAUCGCUGGGCUUUCCUCCAGUUUCUACUGCACCUUUGCCUCAUGUAGCGCUUUCCUGCAGGAGAAUAAAGAGAGUCUGGCUUCCCUGCCCACCUCCACACUAUGAGGAAGCUGAAUUCAACAUUCUAUGUUCUUCAGAAAUUGAUUUCAUUUAAAAAAAAAAAAAAAAAAAAAAGAUUAGGGUCAAGAUAUAUAGGGUUGACACAGAUAUUCACAUUUGAGUUUAGUAUAAAAGAUCAUGAACUUUAGGUACGUAAAACUCUUAUUGUCCAUACACUCUCAGAAAAUAAAGGCACAAAACUGUUACUGGUACCCGAAGAUACAGAUCUUUGUACCAUAUUUACCUCUAAAUGGUACAUAUUAGUACCUUAAACGUACAUAUUAGUACAUAAAGUGUACAUUAUUAGUACAUUUUGAAGGUCUAUUGGAGGCCCCAGUGAGUUUUUUACCUUUUUGAAUUUAGAAAAAGGCUAUCAGGGGAGUCUCUUUUUUUGUAUGUAAUAUCUAAAUAUAUAGAGAAUUGUUUUGUUAUGU